AUGUCAUUUGGUGCUGUCAAUACGUUUCAACAGUACAGUAAUGAUUACGGUUUGGGCCAUAAUGGUGUUAAAAUCACUCUAAAUUUUUUUGAUGGGAUUCCUGAACAAGGUCUACUAAGUUCAUUGGGCUCGAAUGAAUUGAUAUUAAUAUUUAAGUCGUUACUGAAAAGGGAUGAUACCACUAAAGAAAAGGCCUUAAAUGAUUUGGCAUUACUCCUGGAUUCCUCAAAUGAAAACUUGCAAUCGAUUUCCGAUGAUAUUUUUCUAAUUUGUUGGUCUCAAAUUUUUGCCAAGUUAGUUGUCAAUGAAUCAAAACCAAUUAGAACACAAGCUUAUGUGAUAACAAUUCGUUUAAUUGGCAUAUUAAAUAGAAAAGUUUCAAAAUUUUUGAAAGAUUUUAUCCCAUUGAUUUUACUGGGUGUCUACGAUACGGAUGUUAGUGUAAGUAAAACAUGUUUAAAAGAAUUGAGAAAAUGCUUUAAUAAUAAUGAAGACAAAAUUAACUCCUUGUGGGAUGUGUUUUUUGAACAGAUCUUAAGCCUAGUGAAGCAAGUAGUCGUAGUCGAAAGUGAGGACACAUUAUCUGAUGAACGUUACAUUAGUAAAGAAGAGUCACAUUUCAAGUAUACUAGAUUGAUGACCCAAGCGGUUUUAUUAAUAACUAGGCUAUUUGAGAUGGAAAAAGAUAUUUCUGAAUUCAGAAGCACGUUCAAAGAAAUUUUACUCGAGGAAUCACUUUGGAAAAACUUCAAUUUAAAAUCUCCUCAUAUUUUGAAGUUGUAUGAAAGUAUCCUGCAUUUGGUUGUCAUUCUCUUUAAAUCAGGGUAUUUGUCAUCUCAUAAAGAGAUUCUGAAGUUGUCAGUUAGAAGACUUCUCAAAUCAUUAGCACACGUUAAUUCAAAAAAUAUAUUGAAGUUCUCUUCCAUAACGCCUAUCACACUCAACACGCUUGUACUGUUAGAUGAAUAUAAGAAUGGAAGAAUAUGGAUGUACGAUAAGACAUCUAAAGAGAAACUUAUAAACUUUCUAUUCGUAGGAUGUUCAAGUCCUGUACCUGGUGUCUUUAAUUCGAUGCUCGCUUUGUACCAGAAAACGUCGUCUCAUAGUUUACUGGAUUACGAUACAGAAUGGGUGCCACUUUGGAGAAGAGGUGCAGAGGGAUUGUAUGAGAAACCAUUCUUAGGGAGAUUUGGUGCCGAACUUCUUGUUGAAUUCUGGGAAAACUAUCAAAUUUUCCUUAAUGAUACAAAUGAAAGCACAGUCAAAGAAAGUGUACAAUCUGAUGUGAUAAAGACACUUAAUACUAAAAUUGAUCUGAAAAAAAAUGUAAAAUUACAAGCUCUCCUUAAAAUAGUCGUAAAUUCUACCACUUUAAGACGGGAAAUUGAAAAUUAUUUAGAGAAUGUUGAGAAACAGGGAGUUUCCUCUACAUUUUUAGGAAAUUUGGUUACGUUGUUGGCAUGUUCUUCUGAGAAUGAAAAAGAUAUUCAGCAACUGGCAAAAAAAACAUUCACUAAAUUUAAUGAAAAUCCAAGAGACACUAUUGCUCAUAAUAGAGAAGUUUUUAAAUUAUGCGAUUUCUUUGUAGAUUCUGGAUUGGAGUGUCUUACCGAAGAAAUUGAGAAUUUUAUUUAUACACUUCCAUUUGCGGUGCAAGUUGAUAUUUAUGACGAAGUAUCUCAACUUUUGAUACUUUAUACAAAAACAGCGUUUAUAAAAAGGAUAGGAAAAAGUAUUUUACUGAAAACAUUUUUUGAAGAAAGCUUAUCCUUGAACGUUGCUCCAGUGAAAAUUCUUGAAACGUUGAACUCUUUAGCAUCUGACAUAUUCGAAGAAUUUAUUUCAUCGCCAUCAUCUACUGUGGUCCAUGAUUUCAUUACGCAAUACAUUGAAAAUUAUAAAUUUGAUGAUAAUUACGCUCUUUUGAGAAGCAAUUUACUGGAUAAAGAAAAUAUCAUGUUGCUGUAUUCUAACUGUGUUGCUAAUAGCAACAUCCAAGAUCUUGCACAUGGUAUUUCGCAUAUGAUUUCUCCGGUUCGAGAUGUUUUAGUGAAAGAAACUGAUUUCAUAUCAACUGCGAUGUUUACUAUUUCAGAAGAAGUUACUGAAGAGCUAUAUGGUUGCCUCAAACCUCAUUUUGGAGAAAACAGUCAAGUUUUGACAAAGCUGACGUCUACAAUUAUGAAAUACGUAAGAGCUCACUUUUCUUCUGAUAUUAACAAUAUUUUUGACAUAUUAGUACUGAAAUAUACAACGGAAUUAUUGAAUUCACAAUCUGUAAAAUUGCAGGAGCUUUUUUCAUCUGAUUUAGACGGAUUACUCCUUAGCGCGAUGCCUUUCAUUGAUUAUAGAAUUGCAUUCGUAAAUGCGCUUGGUUUAAACACAUAUCUUCUUCCAACAAGCCAGAAGGAGCUCGAGCUUUCAAAAGUUGAAGAAGUUAUUAGAGAAGCUUUAUUUUUGGAUAGCCUUCUGACAAACCUACCCAAUGUCUUAACGGAUGAGCUUAUAGUGUUCCUAACCCUUAUUUCUGAGUUGGUAAAUGAUUUCAACUCAAUUUCAGAAAAACCAAACGAUAACUUUGCAGAAAUCAAACAUACUCUUUUCUCGAAUCAAGAGCGCUAUGGUAUUGGAUUAUCGUCUUUUAUAAGUUGUUUAGAAACUUUUAAAAGUGAUUCCAUCUUUCAGUUCCUUUUGCAUAGUGAGGGUGACGUAGUUUGCUUUUAUAAGGCCAGGGUUGUAUAUAAGGCGAUGCUCAACGAGGUUGACGGUAUGUCUCAUAGUGCGCUUGUGGAUAAUCUACCUGCCAUAGAGAAGUUUGUCACUAGCGUUAUAAAAGGUAACGGAAUUUCAAGUAGUGGUUAUCUCUAUUGUUCCGUAGUUCUUGAACUCUUAGAAAGGAUAUCUGAGGAUUCAGCACUGACUAAGAUGAGGACAUUGAUUUCUUCUGAGCUAAUAGGUAUCAAAACUGAAGAACUGCUUGGAGGAAAAUAUAGAGCAUUGAUACUUUUAAUUAGCAUGUUGCCCAGUGGAGUGGAGGAUGCAGACUUCGUUCCUAUAGCUAUCCAACGUUUGAAUUUGAUAUUGAAUUCAAUCGGAAGCUGGCUGGAUAGUGACAUAGUCUACGAUUCAGAGUUUACAGUUAUCAGAAUGGCCUUAUUAAAGUUCUUUAGAUUACUAGUAAGCUUUCCUUAUGUCAGAAAUUCAAGUAAAAAGGCUAUUGAGUUGGCCAGCACUUUACUACUUGAUUCAGUUACAAUGUGCCAGAUAAGUGAUACUCCUUAUAUUUUAGACUUACGUUCCUAUUGUCUCGAACUUUAUCAGAGUUUAGUUGAGGUAGAUUUUGCUACGAGUAAUGUAUACACAGCCGAAUUCAAAGAUGAAAUUUCCGAAAACGUCAUUGAACUAUGCUUUGUUGAUUAUCAUCUAGACCUUAACAAUCAGUUGUCUAUAAAGUUCUACAAAGACUUGGCAAGCAAUCUGAAAAAUUUUAAAAUUGACUAUCUUUCAAAAUCAUUUGACAGAUUUUUUGAGGCAUUUCUUGCGAAGGAUGGCAUACUGUGUAUUAAUCGUGUAAGAUUGUUAACAGAUUGUCUCAUUCCUAUGAUCUAUCACAUUCAGGAGGAGGCUGUAAUAGAUUAUGAGUUGUCGCAACAGAGAUUGCAAACACCUGAUAAUGACGAUGGCUUCGAAAAUGAAGAAAGCUCACAUAAGUUGUCAAGUAGGUUGAUUGAAACGCUAACAAAAGAUAUGCCCACUGAAUACCUUGAAUAUGAAAAUGAGGAUGUCUUCAUCAAGUACCUAUGGAAUUGGGUAAUUUUGUUGUCCAACUUCAAGAACAUUUCUUAUAAAUUGCGUCAACUCUACCUUGAUCAAUUGAAAGAUGAAGAUUUGAUAAGCAGAAUGUUUUCUUUUAUUGCUGACCAAGUUGAUUUAGAAGAUACGAAAUUUUGGGAUCAAGAAGGUCAGCAUGCCAUUCCAAACUAUACUGUAGAAGAUAAUGGUUUCUUACCUUAUAGGGAGGAAAUUGUAAAUGAGUGUAAGAAAUUGCUAGCACAUAUCAUGUAUGAACUAUUCAAUUGCGUUGGUUCAUUUACAACAAACUGGUUCCUGAAUAUUAGGGACAAAUCACUUCAAAGUAAGAUAGAGAAGUUCGUCUCUCAAUACAUCUCAUCGAUUUUGAUUACUGCUGAAUUAAAUGAAGUAUCUUCAAAAAUUGAUCGUCUCACCGGUAAAGAUGAAUCAUUGUCAAUUAAGAUAAAUAAGGUUACUAACGAAAUCAAGGCGGGCUACUUGAUUGAUGAACAGAAACUGGAGAUAUCCUUCAGAUUACCAACCAACUAUCCAUUAAGUAAUAUUCAAGUGUCGGGUAUCUCACGUGUCGGUAUAAGCGAACAAAAAUGGAAACAAUGGAUAAUGAGCACACAACACGUUAUUACUGCCAUGAAUGGCUCCGUUCUAGACUCAUUAGAAUUGUUCACCAAGAAUGUCAAUCUUCAAUUUUCUGGUUUUGAAGAAUGUGCCAUUUGUUACUCCAUUUUACAUGCCAUCGAUAGGAAAUUACCAAGUAAGACUUGUCCAACUUGUAAGAAUAGAUUCCAUGGUGCCUGUUUGUAUAAAUGGUUUAGGUCAUCAGGAAACAACACAUGUCCACUAUGUCGUUCAGAAAUUCCAUUCAGAAAGUAA